UGACCUACGCAUAAAUAAGUAUUGCUUUGAUAACGUUCGGUGCUAGGGGGUCCUGCGAGAAGCUUGCGGUUAUGGCGCUCGUUUCACAGCUUCGGCGAUCGGCAUUUCGCUCAAGCUGCACAAAUGCACCGCGCCCUUGCGGCAGCCGUGGCGUUGUUAUGUGCCAUGCUCAAUCGCGCAGCGCUGAACGCCUAUUGAAAUCCGCCGGGUCAUCGGCAUGCGCACUGCUUGCCGGGGCAGCUCUUCUCCUCGACGCAGGCUCCGCACAUGCCGCUGGUCGUGAACGCGUUUCGGAAUUCACCGCAAGCGGUCUUCUCUUCAAAGAUGUGGUGGAGGUCACGGCAGUGGAGGACCCAGAGAUCGACGGCUUGACCAUCUACUUCUCCGACUUCAAGCGGAACAUAGUGGACAAGCUACAAAAGGACUUUUUCGCGGAGCCCUCCCAGGCCUCCCUGACAUGUGUGGUGACGGGCCCGGUGACGGUGAAGGACCCGAAGCGCAUCAGCUCCUUCGAGGGCGAGGAGGUGUUUAGCGAGCAGAAGGGACUCAACAUCUUUAAGAACAAGACACUUAGGGUACGGCGAGUGUACGAUGCGGACCGCCGUACCGUCAUCUACGUGGCGUACAGCACACGACUGUCCACGGCUUCGGACGAGGGAGGCGUCACUACCGGUCGAUACAGAACCUCCAUGUGUGCCGUACCGCUGCCGCCGCCCGUCACCGCACCACCGUUGACCACAUCCACUGCUGCCGCCGCUACCACCGCCACCGCCGCCUCUUAAACACCUUGAAGCUUCUUGACAAUCUUGAGAGAUCCGGUGGUGCCGCCAUGGCCACCGCAACGCAGCCGCAGCCAAUGUGGGCGUGCUGGUAAGGCAGGAGGAAUCAGGACAACCCAAGAGCGACACAAGAACCUGCCGAACAUUACGACCGAGCUUUUUCCUCGUACAACUGGCGUAUUGCACGGCAUGGUGGUCAUAUGGUACGGCCGGUUGGGGCGCUUGCACAAAUGGCAAAUGGUCACCGUAUGACGCUGUGAGUCGAGUGUGCUUGUUGAAAACAUUGGCUAUUUGGCUUGAGGAGAGACAUGUCGGCUGAGCCAUCGGAUAAAAGUGAGCACUGUCGGUGAGGUUUGUGUUUGUGGGAAAUUGGAAAGCGUACGGCAUUUUUUUCAUUUUUCGUAUUACCAUACGACUCAUCGCCACUGCAUUUUGCCGCCGUACAAUACAUGUAACACGUUGCUUACUG